AUGGCGAAAUAUCAACACUAUACGUAUCAGUUAACAGCACAGUAUUAUAAUAGAGUUAUUCCGCAUCAGUUCAAUAAAUUCGAUCGAAUCUGCGGUGUUCCUGUUGGAUUUCCUACCUUUCCUUCAAUAACAACGACGCACUUCUAUUCCUUAUUAGCCCUCUCGUCGAUACUCUCUCGAAUAUCUGUUGACACUGAAGAAAUACCGGAGGAAAAACUCAACAUCAAAUUAUUAAAACAUGAAUUCUUAAACAAAAUGACAACAGAGAGCAGUCAUCUCGAUGUCAUCGAACUUAAUGUUGGUGGUGUGACAUACGCAACAACGUUGGGUACUUUACAGCAGGCCGAGUCCGAUUCUCCAUUAGCAAUCAUUUCCAGGUUGAACACUGCUGAGAUCAGAACAGUAUUCGGACGUGAUAGCAAAAAUCGCGUAUUCAUCGAUCGGGAUGGUGUUCUCUUUCGAUAUAUACUCGAUUAUUUGCGCAAUCAAAAAUUAUCCCUUCCAGAAAACUUUGCCGAACGUGACCGUCUUCAAGUCGAAGCCGAUUAUUAUCGACUGGGUAAUAUGAGUAAGGCAUUGUUAGAGAGUCGUUCAAAUGGGAUGACUAAUACUGCAAUGCUCACAGCAAUGACACCGCUGUCACCGACAUCUUCAUUAAUGGCUUCUAGUUCUGGUCCACGUUCGAAUAAUGGAUAUAUCGUUGUUGGAUAUCGUGGUACCUUUGCUUUCGGACGAGACGGUUUAGCUGAUGUUAAAUUUCGAAAGAUAUCUCGCAUAUUAGUCUGUGGUCGUGUACACCUUUGUCGUGAAGUCUUCGGCGAAACAUUGAACGAAUCUCGAGAUCCCGAUCACGGCCAAACAGAUCGAUAUACAUCGCGUUUCUUUCUUAAGCAUACAUUUCUCGAACAAGCGUUCGACAUGCUUAGUGAGGCAUCAUUUUUAAUGGUUGGUAGCGCAGCAAGCGGAUGCAGUAGUUCAACAAGCGAAAUGGGCAAACAAACUGAUAGCGAAGAAAAUCUUCUAUUCUAUUUUGUAUUGUAA